GGAAGUGUGUACCGGAGUAGAUGUUGAAAGUAAAGUCAUUUUAGAUGGCCAGAAAUUAGCGAGUGUAAUGACUUUGAAGGUAAAUAUUAUGACAAACACCUUCUGGUCGGAAAAGUUUGGGGUUUGAGCCAAAAUGGCGUCCAGCUGGACGGAGAGGAUUUCUGCUUUCUUCGUCAGUCCGGCUCGCUUCCUCUCCGGGACAACAGCGGACACUUUCCUGUCCGAGCUGCUCCGGGACCUCCGAGAUGACAGAGCCAGCUACAGUAUCAAGCUCGUCCUGCUGUCUCCGCUCUGUGAAUAUCCAUCUCUGCUGUGUCCCUCGGACUCUGUGGGGGAGGAAACAGCCCUGGAGCUCAUGUCAGUCUUCGCCCAGUGUCCUCCCAAGUCUCUCCAGUUUCGUUGUCAGCUCCUCGUGGCCCUCACUUGCGUUCUGCAAUGCUCUUCCUGUGCCAGCAGCCGCUCCCAUGCAUCCCUGGACUUCCUCGACCUGCUUCUUCAGAUAUCCCAGGACAGCGGUGACAUCCAUGCUGAUGGCGCGCAGCGUUUGCUCCGGACCACGGCUUGUGAAUGUCUGCGGGAGAUGGAGGCGUGCUCCCCCGGCCUUCUCUCCCAGCGCCUUGAGCUCCUGAGUGGGCUCCGGCAGCAGGAGAACUGCAGGCUCCACCAGGCCGUUGCAGGACUUCAUAGUCUGGUGCUGAGAAAUGCGGUUUAUCAGCUGACCCAGGAACCAGGAGCAGGCGCUGAGCAUCUGAAAGCUCUUCUGGGAGGAAAUGCUUCAGUUGGGUGGGAAGCAGAGCAGGACUCUGGUUCGACGAGCGAGGACUUGGCUCCGCUGUCGUGUCUCAUCCCGGGCCCGAUGGGCACAGUGCCAACACUCCACACCGGACCGGAUUGUAAGGAGCUGCGAUCGGUUCUCUCCUCCCUGCUGGAGGAGUCCUACCUCCUCACCCCUCUUUGUCAGGCCGGGCUGUUAUUCAGACUGACGGAGGUGGUUGCCAUGGUUCCCGGGAUCCCUCCUGCCAUAUUCAGAGCUCAGCUGCUGCGACUGCUUGGAACCAGCGAGGUCUGCCUCUUCCACGCCACGCUGCUGAUGAAGAGCGCCUUCACCGACAGCCUGUUCAGCUCCGAGGACGAGGCCUUCAUCCUGAAGCGGCUGCUCGUCCUCUCCCAGCAUCCGCUCCUCACUACGCCUGAGAAGCUCUUCUACAUGGACUGCAUCCUGCACUUCCCAGAGAACCGUCCAAUCAGCUGUGGCGACAGCGACGAGGUGCUGCCCGUGCUCCUGACGCCGCGGCUCGCUGCGGUCCUGCUGCCCACCGUGUUCAACGACAGCGCCACCCUGCUGGCCCGACUCAACCUGCUGUCUCUGGUUUACCUGGAGGCGGAGGAAGAGGAGGGGCGGGGGCUGGCCUUCCUGUCCGAACACGUGGCGUCCCUGCUGCGCAUUGUGGACAGCGGCGGCGGCAGAGAGAUUGUUGUGACCUUUUUCAGAGCUGCCUUCCUCUUUCUCCUGCGUUUCUGCCACGUGGAGCGCUACGCCGCCAGCCUGAGCGAUCAGCUGUGUGGGCUCUACCUGCGCCACACACACCUGGCGCCACACCUCAUUAACAUGGUGGACCAGACUCAGGACAGACUCUGCGACUCCAACUGGACUCUGGGCUUCUUGAAGACCCUUCAGAGGGGGAUCACCGAGGCCCCGCUGGCCCAGCUAACCCUGCCAGACCUCAGCUGGCACCUGAAGAUGCUGGCCCGGGUGGCGGAGGACAGACAGAUCUCCCAGAGCAGCACCCUCCACUUCCUGUCCUCCAUCCUCACGCCGUCUUCUUCCUCGCUGCGUUUAGGUGGCGACUGGCGUCGGGGAAACGGCGUCCUGACCGUCUGCCACCGCCUGCUCCUCCACCCCAGCCUGGACUCGCUGCUCGUCCCUCUGGCUGACGUCCUGCUGGAUCUCACCUGUCGCUACGGAGACACGGACAUCCAGGACCACGCUCGGCUCUACUACGCCCUCCUCACCACACUGUCCCGGGAGAAGCUGGCGGCGGUGCUGGCGCCAGGUGCAGGGGAAGGCGGGCACCAGGUCAAGAAGCGAACGCUGUCGUGCAUCAUGGCUGAGAGCGAGGGGCUGACGGGCGUCCUGACGGUCCACCACACAGAGAAAAGGAUAAUCCGGCUGGCAGAGGCUGGUCCUGGGCUGCGAGCAGAAGCCGAAGACAGCGACCUGAAUGAGGCCGAGGAAGAGGACGUCCCGGACGAAGCAGCACUGCAGACCUACAGAGCCCAGCUCAGCGACCCCGGCUUCGCUUCACAAAUAACGCUGACGUACCAGCUGACCCAUAGUGAGGACCGGGACCCGCGUUUUGACCACCUCUUUAGCAUCCGUCUCCACUUCCAGCUCACUAACGAUCACUACGAAGACCUGCAGGACAUCAGCGUCCCGUGUCUCUUCAGAGAGAGGCCGUCGCCGGCGGUGACGCUGAGACUGAAGCCCAGACACCCCUACCCCACCACCCUCCAGGUCAGCGCCAUCUUCACCGCCACAGACGGACUCUGCUGGCACACCGCCCUGCCGGACAUCCACGUGGCGUUCCCGCAGGUCUUCCUGCCGCUGCCCGCUCCGCGGAGCUGGGCUCCAGCCAGCAGACUGAAGGUGUUCCAGGGAUUAUGGGAUGAAAUGUGCUCGGAGACUACGGACGCUGCUGUCAGCCUCUUCUGCUGCCGGCUGCAGGAAGCCGCUCUGGUCGCCCUGGUAACCAAACACUUCCUCCCCUUCCUGGUAUCGGACAUGUCCUGUAAAGACGAGUUCUGUGUCCUUUUUUUCCUCCCACCGCGGUCUCAGGUCCUGCUGAAGAUCAGGUCGGAAGACGACACCGUGCAUUUUAACAUCGCCACCAACAACUGGCGGCUUCUGCCUCACAUAAACUCGUACCUGCUGACCGUCACAUCGCCACAGGAAGUGGGCGUCAGCUGAGCGGCCGCAGCUUCCGCUCGUUUUAACGCUCAAACAGCCGAAGACGGCUGCUUUAAAACGAACUUUCAUCACGCUGAUUUCAAAUAAAAAUCAUGUCACAUUGAA